CGCCCCUCUUCAAAACGUGACUGGUGGAUUCGUUGUUUGCAAAUCGAGAUUAUGAAAGUUCCUACAUGGGAACUACAAUAAUACGUAACCGAAAUAAUAACGAUGCCGAGUUAUGUCACUGUUUUUGUAACAGUGGACUUGCUCCACGUUAUAGUUUUGUUAGGUUAGUUUAGUUCAGCAGCUCCAGCGUCCGGAGUUUCGGAGACACGCCGGGUGUCAUUUCACAACGUUAGUUAGCUGGCUGGCUAACACUAAUGGCUAACACUAAUACGGAGAUUUGACUGACACAUGGUGUAUGAGAGGACACAGCUGCGUUCAGAGGUGAGCAUGGCUUUAACAAGAAAUUGCGACUCCUGUUGGAUACAUGUUAACGACUUUAAACCUUUAGUAGCUGACAGUGUUGAGCAGCAACAGCAACGACAUUAACAUGAUCCGCAGACCCUGCAACUAGGCAUGACAGCUGACACUGGCAGAGGGAGGAUCGCCCCGAUGGAGGUACUGGGCAGAGCCACCAACUUCAACUUUUCAUAUGAGCAGGAAGACACAGACUUCUCUGUUCACUCAUCCACCAUGUCGAUUGACAAGCUCUUCCCGGCUCUCCUGGAGUGUUUUGGGAUCAUAUUAUGCGGAUACAUCGCAGGGAGGACGAACAUCAUCACCUGUACCCAGGCCAAAGGGUUGGGGAAUUUUGUGUCCAAGUUUGCCCUCCCAGCACUGUUGUUCAAGAACAUGGUACUGUUGGACUUUGGUAAUGUCAUCUGGCCAUUUCUGUGGAGCAUCCUCAUCGCCAAAGUGUGCGUGUUUGUCAUUGUAUGCAUCCUCACGCUUAUAGUUGCCAGUCCUGACAGUCGUUAUGGCAAGGCUGGGAUCUUCUCAAUAUUUGCCACCCAAAGCAAUGACUUUGCCCUGGGAUAUCCCAUUGUUGAGGCCCUAUACCAGAGCACACACCCAGAAUACCUCCAGUACAUCUACCUGGUUGCACCUGUAUCCCUGAUACUGCUAAAUCCCAUUGGCUUUGCCUUAUGUGAGAUCCAGAAAUGGAAGAAUCAGCAAAACCACCAGCAGAGCAAACUCCAAAUCAUGGGACUUGUGGUUUUACAGGUCCUGAAGAACCCUAUAGUAUUUAUGGUUUUCAUUGGCAUCAUCGCCCACUUUGUCCUGCACCAGACAAUUCCUGCCUUCAUGACUGAUUUUGUGGAUGGUUUGGCCAACUCUUUUGGUGGAGCAGCUCUUUUCUACCUGGGUCUGUCCAUGGUGGGCCAGUUGGGGAAAUUAACCAGAACCACAGUCGUGUCACUUAUAUUACUUAUUACAGCAAAACUGUUGCUAAUGCCCCUGAUUUGUAAGGACAUGGUGGAUCUGUUGGACAGCAGCAACACCAGUUCUUUGAACCACUCAAGCCUCUCCAACUAUGCCUUUCUUUAUGGAGUGUUUCCCACCGCACCAAGCGUGGGAAUCUAUGCUGUCUAUUACAACGCAGAGCUAGAAGUUGUCACCUCUGGGAUGGUGAUCAGCACUUUUCUCUCAGCACCAAUUAUGUAUGUUUCUGCCUGGUUACUCACAAUCCCUUGGAUGGAUCCUCAGCUUUUGAUGAAUUCACUGCAGAAUGUCAGCUUUAACAUAAGCAUAGUGAGCUUAGUCGCACUGGUGUGGACAAUUGCUGUCAUGUUUCUGAGUAAGAAAUUCAGGAGGCUACCUCACACGUUUACAGUCAACCUGUUCUUGGCACAGUGUCUAACUUGUAUCGGAAUGAUUGUGUGGAAGUUUGUGGUGAAAGAAGAUGACUUCGUCGGGCAGGUCCUGACUUUCACGUUAUUAUGUACCUCACUCUACAGCACUUAUGUGUGGCCAGGUUUGAUAGCGCUUUCUCUUGUGCUUAUGAAAAGGUUUGAGGAUAUGAAAGUUUCGUCAGGCCUGUUCGUCAUUGCAGGCUGGGGGGUUCCAGCCUUAGCAACUGCUGCGUUGCUCAUUUCUGGGGAAAAAAUAUCUGACAUUAUUGACCCAUCAUUCUUUUAUGGCAAGCAACAGAUAAUUUGCACCACAGUUGUAGUUGCCCUCAGUAUACUGCUGGGAGGGGGCUCUCUUGUGUGUCUCAGUAGAGGAAGUUGGGCCCAAAAUGACCAAAUUCAAGAGAGAAACUCUGCAGAAGAUCUUGUGACUGAGGCUGAGUCAGAAAACCAGGCCCCGGUCGAGCCAGGCACCACAUCAGGAUGCCUCAACAGAGCGUGCCUCAUAUGUGACUGUGCACCACCCCAGCCCAUGCCUGACAUGAUCAUCAGUGCAAAUAUUAACAACACUCCAAGCACACUCACAGGUCAGUGUGAGAACAGGUGUGAGUCCACAGACUGUCUGCUUGUCCGGGUGGAGGAGCUUCGACAGGUUACAGAUAGACAAGUGGCCCGUCAUUUGCUCUUAUGUCUGCUUCUGACUGUCAGCUUGCUUGCUAACUUGUCCAGCCACUUGUGGUUGCUCUUUAACCGUGUUCCUGGCAGACUGUACUUGGAGUUGCAGUUCUUCUGUGCUGUGGCCAACUAUGGACAGGGUUUUAUAUCCUUUGCUCUGUUUGGGCUGGACAAGCAUUUGAUUAUACUGCCAUUUAAGAAAAGGUUAUAUAGCCUGUGGUACGGAAAGAAGCAAGAAGAGCAGCCGCAGACAGAUUUACCUGAGGAUGUCAGGAUGACCUGCACCCAGUUUACCAAAUACCACAAGGACCAGUGUUGUCGUGACAUUGUCAAAAAGAGAAGGUGUGGGAAAAAGACUAUGGUGGGCUGUUUUCUUGGCUCUGAACUGGUGGACUGGCUGCAGCAGGUGGGCUUGGCUCAGGACAUUGGUGAGGCGGUACUCUAUGGAAUGAGGUUACAGCGGGGCGGUGUGCUGCAGCACAUCCAGCAGGAACAUGACUUCCAAGACAGUCCCCUUUAUUAUCGCUUCAUGACAUAAGACACAAGGACCAAAGUUGACUUUCUUUUUUUUUUUUUUUUUUCUAAAGAUAAAUGAUAUACACACAGAAAUAUUUUACACUGGGCAACAGUAAGAAUAGUACUGACCUUCAUAGAGAACCUGACUGAAAACUACAUUUUCAACACUGCCAUGUCCAGUCCACAUACUCAGUACAGCACAAUGCAGUAUCUCAGCUGGUGGUUAGAACAGACUGCACCUGACUAAGGUUUGUUGUGUUGCAACAGACUUGAAACUUUCAAAGUAAGAAGGCCGGUGUUUAAUGCAUUGUGUGGAGUUUGUAUAAAUGGAGUUUGCAGUGCAUAGGUUAAGAGAUCUCGGUCUUAUUUUUGGAAUUUUACAUUUCACUCACUAGGUUACUUGCUGGGAUCUGGAGUUAUAUUCAUAUUCAUACAACUGUUAAUUUUGAGGUGAAACCAAAAGUGGGAGUGCCUGAAAUGAUGGCUAUAAUCCCUACAUUAUGUAGAAAAGUGACACGCACAAUUACUGCUUAGUACUGUAGAAUAUAAUUCAGCAAUUCAGUCUUCAAAUUCUACUUGAUGUCUACAGGCACGCAGAUUUUCCAGUUUCUGUUGUUAGUUAGCACAUAGAGUUUUAAUGAUGCAGUCAAGCUGGUGGUGGAAAAACAACUCAACAAAAACAACAGCCAACAGUUUCUCAUUAAACAUGAAUUUGUAUGAAUAACAUAACUGACAGAUAUUUCUAAUUUUAAAGGAUGCAUGCAUUCAGUUGUUUUAUGUUUUGUCAUUGUUGGAGUGAUAAUGCACAAAGAGCUGGCCUCAAAAACUAAAUGAGGUGCAGGCAAAAA